AGAAUGGACAAAAGUAAUGAAAAAUAAGUGUCGAUAAUUGAAGGGGAUGAUAGUAUAUCAGACAAUGAUUCGUUUCUUGUUGGGAUGCGAUUUUUUGAAAAGGGUGAUUAUCUGGGAAAUCAGUUUGGCGUCUCGAAGACGGUAAAUCAUAGCCUGUUAGGAAAAGUUCAAUCAAAUCAGAGUGACCAGGCGUGGGCUUGUCCCUGAUUAUGUUUAAGGAACAAGGCAGUGGGCCUCACAAGAAUCGAGUCACCCGAAGUAUCAUGCUUCAAACACUGGAGUAGGGGUAGGGCACCUGUUUUAAGGGAGUUAUCUCUGGGUUGUCAAUGGAAAUUGAGGAAAACCUUGCGAAAGGAAUCCUUUGCGACAAGAAUCCCAGGUGUAGUUAGUGCCCGUCACUUGACCCGCAUGGUGGAUGGAAGAACAUUCGGUUCUAUUUUUUUGGAAUGAUGUCACCUUUUACAUUACAGGCUUAUUCUAAACAUUUUAAUAAAAAUGUUUCUCAUCUAUCUACACAAUACCGCAUAAUGACAAAGCAAAAACCUAAAUACCUUAUUUACAUACUGUAAUUAUUCAGGCGUUUAGCAGCGGUGUCUGCUCAGUUUGGCAGCUGCGCGAGAGUUAGAGGGAGAUGCCCGUGUGCUUCGCGGUUUACCGGAUAUUUUUCUGCUGUAUUGUUGAAGAUCACUGCGACCCACACGCUGCAGCGCUGUCGUUCAAGCCACUGACUUGUUAUUCCCACUCGCCAUCACGAAAUGGACUCAUGCUAGCCACAAGUUCUGACUGAGCUUAAUCGUCAUGAAACGCAAAUACAGUGAUUACUUUUGUCUCUUUCAUACAAACUUUGAGAAAUAACGAGGAGCGCCCACAAUGUGUUUUGUGUGGGGAAGUGCUUAGAAAUGAGUCUCUCAUAACGAACAAGUUAAUAAAACGACACGAUGGUAAACCCAGUGAGUUAUUUCAGAACAGGGCAGAAUGCUUCAGGAAACAGUGCUUCGAAAUUGGAAAAGCUCCAAUAUGGUGAAGGAGUUUGAGAGUGUGGAGCUGGGAGACAUGCGGAUGAAAAAGCAGAAGGUGCCCCGUAGAACGAUCUACUUUGCCAGUGGCGAGACCAUGGAGGAAUACAGCACAGAUGAAGAUGAGGAAGUGCAAGUUUCUAUCGCUGUUAAGACCUCAGCUGACCCGUCCAAGUUGAAUUGGGGUCCAUACUUUUGGUUUUACAUGUGGAGAGUGGCAACCUCCACUAUUUCAGUUUGUGACUAUCUUGGGGAGAGAAUGGCCUCAUUGUUCGGAAUUACCUCACCCAAGUACCAGUAUGCUAUUGACGAGUACUACAGAAUGAAAAAGGAGGAGGAUGAGGAGGAGGAGGAGAACCGGCUGUCUGAGGAGGCAGAACGUCAUUUUGAAGAGGAGCACAACCAGGAGAUCCAGCAGCCAGCCAUGGAGCAGCCGGAGGGCAAAGCUUCCUUUGUCAACGUCAGCUUCGAGCUGGAUCAAGAUCCCACACCUGAACCCAACAGAUGUCCUGCCCCCAUCCCCACCUAACAGUUCAAUUAAAUAGGUGUUUCCAUUUUUCUCAUUUCACGAUGUAGCCUCCUCAGACUGUUUUUUUGUUGCUAUAGCAUAGAAUUCUUAUUUUUAUCAUAUUGAUUUAAUAUUGAUUUUUCUAUAGUGUAGUUUUCUUAUCUUUGCCUAAAUGAUCAUGUUCUAUGUAAGUCACAGAUUUAAAACAAAAAAUAUAUAUAUAUACAUAUAUACAUUUUUUUAGUUGCUGCGUUGUAAAUAUGCAUGAACUUUUGUGUGCAAUGAACAUUGCUGUGCUGUGUCAGUGACAAUGAAUGAGCACACGGAUGAUAUCUGAUGCUGGUUAGCUAUUUCCAGGUUUAAGAAAUGUCUUUGAUUUAUUUUUUCAGGUACAUAAUAACAUUGUUAUACAAUAAGUUAUUUUCAGCAAGAUAAGUUACCUUUUUCUAAAACCAUUCCAGAUGUGCACAAUGUUAUGGAAUAGUACAGAUUUAUUUGAAUGGAAAAUCUAUUUUCAUUUCAGAAUGCCCACAAACAUGUUACUGUUAGAAUCUGUCCCCAGGCCUUUAAUGUAAUAACUUCACACGUUGCUCAUUGGCAUCUGUGCAAAGACUUUAGACAUUACUGUUAUCCAGGGCUAUAUAUUUAGAAAUACAGUGAGCUCCAAAAGUAUUGGGACAGUGACCAUUUGUUGUUUUGGCUCUACUCCAGCACUUUGAAUUUGAAAUGAUACAAUGACUGACUUUUUGUACAUGGUCCCCUAAAAUGGGGGAACUAAAAGUACUGGAACAAAUUCAAUGUAUUUGGUCCAAUAUUCCUAACACAAAUUGGGCACAAAAUAAUCUGAAACACAAACAAAACAGCAAAUGACUCCAACGAGUUUGUAGAGUCAUACGCUUGAUGUAAUCAUUGUGUGCUAAGAAUAUGGGACCAAAUAAACUUUUGACAACUUGGAUACACAAGUGUAUUUGUCACAAUACUUUUGGGCUCCUGAAAUGGGGGGGGAGACCAUCUACAAAAAGUGCUGUCAUUUCUAAACUGCUCAUAUGGAUGAAAAUACCUUCAAAUUAAAGCUGACAGUCUGCAUCAAAAGUGCUGGAGUACAUAGCCAAAACAAAAACGUGUCACUGUCCCAAUACUUUUGGAGCUCACUGUAUCUCUGCUAGAGCUGACCUUAUCUGCUAUUGUCCCUUCUCAGUUUACAGGGCUUGUGAGGGAUGCCUAAGGUAAAGCCAAACAUGUUAAAAUUGGCUACUCUCUUUUGGAACGCAGUAUUGUCAAGAUAACUACUUUUUACCGUGUGUAAAAUUGCCCAAAGAGUUUGAAAUGCCAAGAGACACUUUAUUAAGACAGAUGCUAAACUAUUUAUUUUUCCACUCUAAUGUACUAUGUACACACAAGGAAAGGAAAUCUUAGGAGUCCAACAUACUGAAAAACAAAUAUUUUCUAAUUUAAUGGAAACCGGUUUCAUUUGAAAGCUUUUAUAUAAUAAUUUUAGUAAAAUAUAGUAUUUUCUUUUUCUAUAUGAACUGUACAUUAAACAUUUAACUGUC